AUGGACGAACACUCCCUCUGCAGCCUCCUCCCAAGAGGCACGAAGACGUGGCAGUCAGGCGACAUUGAGAGCACAAUCGACCUGGUACUGGCCUCUGCAGAACUAGCAGACCAACUACUCAGAUGCACGAUUCACCCCUGCGACCAUGGCUCAGACCACAGAGCAAUCGAGACAGCUUUUGACACCACGGUGGAGGACCGUCCCAGUGAGACGAGGUUCCUCUUCAAGAACGCGCCCUGGGCGGAAAUUAGGACUAGGGUGGCAGCAAACCUCGAACGCAUCCCCUGGGACGGCAAUGUCCAGCAGCAGACGGACAGGCUCAUGGCAGCGGUAACCGAGGCGGUCUACGGCCUGACACCUAAAGCCAAGCCCUCACCAUACGCCAAGCGGUGGUGGACAACAGACCUGACACGGCUUCGCCAGACAUACACGUUUUGGAGAAACCAGGCGAGAUCUCGACGUAGGAUUGGGCAAACAGCACCAGAGCUCGAACAACGAGCCAGGAUGGCAGCCAAAGAGUACCACGACGCCAUCCGCAGACAGAAGAGUUCGCAUUGGAACGACUUCCUGGCCGAUGACGCUAACAUCUGGCAAGCAACGAAGUAUCUGCAAACCGGCAGCGGCACGAUGGGCGAUAAGAUACCCCCGCUCGUCCGACCCGAUGGCUCCAUCACGGAGGGUAAAGCAGAACAAGCGCAGGAGUUACUCACCGCCGUCUUCCCACCUUUGCCAGCGAGAAUCGAAGACGAGGGCCAACGACCUCAACGGGCGCCGGUACACAUGCCAGACCUAACAAUGGAGGAGAUAGAACAAAAGGUCCUGUCCGCUAAGCCAUGGAAGGCGCCCGGGGAAGACGGUCUACCGGCAAUGGUAUGGAGACAGCUCUGGCCAGUGGUCAAAGACAGGGUGCUCCAUUUAUUCCGGACGUCGCUUCGAGACGGCGACAUCCCCAGCCAGUGGAGGAAUGCCAAGAUCAUCCCAUUGAAGAAGCCAGGGAAGAGCGAAUACACUCUAGCCAAGUCCUGGAGACCCAUCUCGCUGCUCUCCACGCUGGGUAAGAUACUGGAGGCAGUCAUUGCGGAGCGUUUAUCCCAUGCUGUGGAGACCUGCGGCCUUCUACCCGCCAACCACUUCGGAGCCAGGAAGAGACGCUCGACCGAACAGGCUCUCCUUCUGCUUCAGGAACACAUCUACAAAGCAUGGAGAGCUAGGAAGGUGCUCAGUUUGAUCAGCUUCGAUGUCAAGGGCGCAUACAAUGGGGUCUUCAAAGACAGGCUUCUCCAGAGGCUCAAGGCAAGAGGGAUACCUGAACCCCUGGUCAAGUGGAUCGACGCCUUCUGCUCCAAGCGCACAGCGACCAUUGCCGUAAACGGGUUCACAUCUGGACGGCAAGAGCUGCCCCAAGCGGGUCUUCCGCAAGGAUCGCCGCUGUCUCCAGUGUUGUUCCUCUUCUUCAACGCCGACCUAGUGCAGCACAAGAUCGACGCGAACGGAGGCGCAAUAGUAGGAGGGGAGGGGGCGGGUGGGUAUAGGGUUAGGGCGUUGAGGAAGGGAGGGGGGGUGGUGAAGGAAGACGUGUCCCCUGGGGGUGAAGAGGAAGCUUGGCCCCCGGGGGUGAAGACCAAGCUUGGCCCCCGGGGGUGA